AUGGCGCAGAGCGCUCAGUCACCCAGAAGGUGCGGCCGGGGUAGCGGAAACCCUUGGACGCCAAGUACGGUUCCUAGUAAGGUGCGCUCCAAUCCCGUGCGCUCGCCCCUCACAGUGGCUCCGCUCCCCACUGGUAGUACCUACACUCUCACUGAGUUUUUACAGCAGCACUCCAUGAAGUCCGGGAGCUCAUUGGAGACCCCUGCCUCAGCUGACGCGGACGGCGCUGCGAGUGUGGGCAGCAUUGCAAAUCCCCAUGCGGUGCUGCCGGAAUUGGGCCCCGACCUCCUGCACAACAUCUUCAUCAAACUGGCGCCCAGUCCAAAGGACCUCGCGCCUUUGGAGGCAGUGUGCAGGGAAUGGCGCUCUGUGAUGAAGGAAGUCACCUGGAAGGAGCUGUGCUUCAAGCAUGCCGGGGGGCUGGUUGAGGAGCUGGGUUACGAGACAGAAACACCCCCUGGCGGCUGGGGCGGAUUAUACAAGGUGGAGGUUACUCUUGGAGGGAUGGCCUCGGGCACGUGGAAGCAGAACCAGGGGGGUUCAAACAGGGGCAGGGUGCAAAGGAUUCUGUGGGCCUGGCGCGCCGUUUUCGGUAGUGAUGAGGUGUUGCUGGCGCGCCUGUGCUCACAUGCGCUUGCGGCCACUGCCUGCGCCAGCCCCUUUGUACCAGCCCCUCCCUUGAUUGCGGGCAGGGGCAUCGUCAAAAACUUUGAGGGCUCUGAGUUGGCAAGAGUGAGCGGGGCUGCUGCGUACAUUUGUCAGGGCCGGAAUCGAGGUGGCGCCAAACUGGGAAAGAAGGCCCUAAAGUGUCCUUACUGCCAUAAUGUGGUCUUCUCCCUGAAGGGGAGUGACUUCUUGCUCGCGAGCUGGAGUUAUGACGAAUUGUUCGAGGCCUGCUGCGCGGGGCCUUUUUGGGACUCGGACGACGACGCUGAGCAACUUCUGGCAACCGGGUUCAUGUGUCUCGCCGGUCACAUUGUGCUGGGGCUGGCAGGGUACCCUAUGGUGGGGGGCAGUGCGGUGCCGCACACUGGGGAGGGCUUGAAGCUGGAACGCUCCAAGGCCGCCCUCUAUUUCACGGGGCACUUGACAGGGAAGAUCAGCUUUCUGGAGGGGCAACAAUUUGUGCGUGACCUGGGUCUGAGUGACUCGAUUAGUAUCGGAGACAGGCUGGCGAAGCUGCAUGAGAGGUGGCCGACUGAGGCGCACAGGGACGGGUCCACUCGCUAUCGGGUGUUCAGAAAGAACCCAAACGAGAGGCAAAAGAAGGCGCUGCACGUUCCGGGGAGCAUCAUCAAGGUUCUGCAGUCGGACCUGCCGUUCAGUCUGUACCAGUCGGUGCACAAGCACAUCCUGGAAGGGGAGCCGAGUCUGUCGGAGUUCAUGGCCAUGCUUCUGGAUGCGUUUAGGGCGCGGGACGAUGCAUGGAAGAGGAGCAGAAAAAUCGAUCGUGUCCUGCGGAAGGAGGGAUUCGUGCCUGGCGCCUAUCCACAUCAGGAGUCAGUGGAAAAGUUUGUCAAGGAUCCUGAUGCCAUCAGCCUGGAGGAGGUGGUGCUGGAACAGAAGCUGGCGCAAGCACCGAGUGAGGAAGUGAAAGCGCAGCUCCGACUCGAAGCCAAGGAGAAAGCCGAAACUCGACAGAGGGCGAUGCGGGAUGGUGAGGUGGGGAGUGACGAAGGAAGUGAUUUGGAAAGCGAGACUGAAAGCGACAGCGGAAGCAGAAGCGAAAGUGAAAGCGGCCUGGACGGCGACAGCGAGAGCGAAAGCGGAAGCAGCAGUGAAAGCGAAGGCGACCUGGAUGGAGAGAGCGAGAGCGAGAGCGAAACCGGUAGUGGUAGCGGAGCGGAAGGUGGUAGCACGAGUGACACGGGCAUGGAUGGUGAUAGCGAGAUUGAGGCGGAUCGAUCUUGAUGGCAAUUGUGAUGGUCUUAGGUCGUCAGGCGAUACUACUACUAGUUGCUUGAGAGUGAGAAAAGAAGGGCAAGCAGGCCCGUGAUGUAGAUCUGCAGAUAUCUACAGGGAACACUCAUUGUGUAACAGUGCUUGCAAAGCUUUUCGUUCAGGCGGCCCUGAGGUCGGCUGUACUUGGGAUGUACAUAGGAUGAUCUGGCGAAAGUAGGCUAGGGCAAGCGGCCUGCUCGUAGUCGUAGAGAAAGGAUAUCUUCAACACACCUGAGCGAGAAUGCAUUUGGGACUAGGCCGUGUACUUUUUACUGACACGUUGGAAGCCCUUCAUCCGUAGUUGUAUCUCAAUCCUCGUCUUUGGCAAC